AAGCUUCGUCAUGAAUCCACAUGAGGCACAUGAAAGCGAGCCAAUUCAAUGAGAUCGCGCAAAAGAAUUGGGUGAAAAUGACAACGCUGUCCAGCGGUGACGAGUCAGAACGUUUAAUCACAAACAAACGAACCAGGAAUCGAAAGAAAAAUUCGAGGGGGAUAAGAAGGACUGUAGCACACACCAGAGAUAAUAAUUCGCCACCACUGCGAAAGCUCUCUAUCGAUCACGGGAGUGGGAUCUCAUGGGUGGAAUCAUGCCUCCCAAGCUCCACCAAAAGACACACACGAGGAGGCCCAUCUUUGUCACCCAUUGUUCCUUUGUCCACAAGCAAGCGAGCACGGACGGCGAAGAAGUUAACGCAUCACGUCAGUGUUCUUGGCGUUUCUUUCUCGAGAGCGACGCCAAGGUUUGGUGUCACGGAAUUCCACAAUGGAGAAAACCAUAGCUUAUCUUCGUAUAGUUUUUUUCGAUGUUCUAACGAACGAACGUGUAAGUUGGAAGAAACCAAUUAUGACGCAAGGAUCGAUCCAUCGAUCGAUCUGUCGAUCACAAAAAGGAAAGGAGAAAAGAAAGAAAAUGAUGUAAAGUUUGGAAUGGUGCAUUGGAUCCAACGCACUAUUCUUUGUGUGUGAAUGUAGCG